GAAACAGAGCAAAUAGAGGUGCUGCAAGACAGUCGGCGGAAAUUAAUAACGAAACAAAACGCAAGCGAUGGUGGGCAACUGGAAAAUGCAAACUUGUGCCGUCUAUUGUUGUUGCCGUCUGUGAAACACAACUGGCGCUGCUGUCAACCGAUUUUUAGACGUAGUCAUAUUGUUAAUGUUAUUUAUGCAUAUAUAAGUGAAGCUAAUCGGCUGACUUGCGAUUGUUAUCGAAAAUCGAGUGUGCUGCGCGUUGCCACAUCAACACAUUAUUUUGCAAUUCACACAAAACUGCGCAGCAGCUGCAAAACACAACAACAAAAAACGAAAAUUGACAAAAGAAAAACAAAUGGAAAGCGAUGGUGGGCAAGAAAAUUCAAAAUGCGAAACUCAGCGCACAUUUCCCACAAACCAAUGGAUCAAACUGAAUGUGGGCGGCAAAAUAUACACGACAACAAUCGACACACUCGUUGGCCGCGAACCCGAAUCGAUGUUGGCUCGAAUGUUUCUCCAGGACGGUGGAAUGAUGCCCAGCGAGAAGGAUGAGCAGGGUGCAUAUUUGAUUGAUCGCAGUGCGAGAUAUUUUGAGCCAAUUAUCAAUUAUCUGCGACAUGGCGAAUUCGUGUGCGAACAACACAUCAGCCUGCGGGGUGUGCUGGAAGAGGCGCGUUUCUUUGGCAUAUACUCCCUGGUCAGCCACUUGGAGGAGAAGCUGGGCGCCGAACAGCAGCCGCCACUGGACGAUAGACCGCUGACACGCAUGGACGUGAUCAAGGCCAUCAUACAGACGUCGGGGAAUACAGAGCUCAGAUUUCAGGGCGUUAAUUUAGCUGGUGCAGAUUUACGUAAAUUGGAUUUUCGCAAUAUUAAUUUUAAGUAUGCCAACAUGUCACGUUGCAAUUUAUCGCACACAAAUCUCAACUAUUGCUGCUUGGAGCGUGCCGAUCUUCAAUAUGCAAAUCUGGAAUGCGCUCAACUGGUCUCCGUGCGUGGACUCUGUGCCAAUAUGGAGGGUGCCAAUUUGAGGGGCUGCAAUUUUGAGGAUCCCACUGGGGUGCGCACUAAUCUGGAGGGUGUUAACCUCAAAGGUGCCUGCUUGGAGAGCAGCAAUAUGGCUGGUGUUAAUCUCCGCGUGGCGAAUCUCAAAAAUGCCAAUAUGAAGAAUUGUAAUUUACGUGCAGCGGUUUUGGCCGGUGCCGAUUUGGAGCGUUGCAAUUUAUCCGGCAGCGAUUUGCAAGAGGCCAAUUUGAGGGGCGCCAAUCUAAAGGAUGCGGAAUUGACGCUAAUGGUGACGCCUCUACACAUGUCCCAGGCAAUUCGUUAAAGGAUCGGCUCGAAGGGGCAUACGAUGUGCAAUUAUUCUCUAUUACCGAUUAUCAACAAAAAAAUACAUAUUUAACUGCGGUCUUAACUUAAUUAUUGUAAAUACAACUAUCCCAUUUGGACUUGGGCUUAGACGUUUAAAUAAAACAGUAUUAAAUACGUC